AUGAUCUCACACAUCGUCGAGUACCAGUGCCAGUACUCGAGCCAGGUGAUGAAGAAGCACAAGAGCUGGUACGACGGGAGGUUGAAGUACUUCAAGGCGAAUAGCAGGUUCAUGCUGUACUCCGAGGACAACGUGCAGCUGGGCAGUGCGUUUGUCACCAGUGAGAGACAGGUACAACAGUUCCUGGACCCUGCUGGGUUUGAGUGCCAGGAACACAAAAUCUUCGGCGCGUUUGUCGUGGUCAUAUACGAGGUGCUCAAAGAGUACGACAGGGAGAUCCAGCACAUCACGGCCCGUGACACUCGAGCGGCCAAGCCGUCUGCUAACUGUAACGCCACUGGGGAGGCGCCAAGGGCGAAGUGUGCUGUUCGGCCCACUUUGAAGAAAAGAGUGCUAAUCGAUACUAGCACUGAGCGAGAGGGGUACACAACAACCGGGCUGGCGUUGAAGUGGAACAAACCGUUCAAACCACCUCGGAUGGUCCCCCGAGAUAGUGGGAACCGACCUGCCGUGAGAGAUUCCCGUGUCAAAAGAGAAGUGGGCACCACUACGAAGAUGAGGUCGACCCCAGCAGAAGUAGUGGACACUCCCGCUGCGCCACCUAAGCACAAGAACAAAGCUAUUCACACAACGACUGUACAGAUCCAGACUGAUCGAAGUACACCGCGACCUACAGCUUACAUUAAAACUGCACGGAAAGCAGUUCAUGAUACCCACUUCAGAAGUCGGAAUUUUGCUCCCAUCAGAAGGAUCGCACACAAUCCGAUAGUACUCCCCAAGUGA